CGUACAUGAGCCGCUAGGCCGCUUUCUGAUACGUCGCACAAAUUGCAGCAUCAUCUCCCUCGUGUCCCGUCUCACAUCACAAAAUUGCAAGUCAUGGUGCCUCGCCGUGGGCCCAUGCCCUUGUCAGGCCCGCACGGGAUUCCGUGCAGGGGACAAGGUGCGAGGGGGCACGAAUACCAUGUCUCGAGACUGGAGAGGAACCCAUUCCCACGGAGCAUUUCGACCGCAUCUGAGAGCCGAGCGCAAGAAUCGUUGCGCUCUGGCUGGGGACAAGAAAGAGUGGUGCCGUCUUACCCCUGGGCUUCCUGGGUGCCGUGCCGUGCACGCUGGUCCCGGUACAGGGCCGUACCGUUGAGGCUUGGCUCCGCCGGUGGAAACCACGAUCGUCCACCAAACGUCCGAUCUCCAACGCGGGGAGCAUGGCCCGCAUUUCAAGGCCGCGACAGGACAUGGGCAUCGUCAAGCUUGUCGUCUCGACAUCGUGAUUGGGCGCCGCCCCUUGCAGCUAGGAACCCGCCCGUCAAGCAGCGAGUAUCCACUUCCCAGCUGUAUGGAGACGGAGCUAUCGUGGACAAGCUAUUGCCCCCAUCCCGCCUGAUUGGGACUAUCAUGGCUGUGGGGGUCGGUUUUGAAAGGUUUGGGAUCCACCAACGGGAACUUUUUCGACCAGGCCGGCCUACCAGGAAUGGAAGACGGGCUGAUUUGACUAGGACGCAGUACCCACGGGGCGUUCGGCCAGAGUUGCUGGCACAAAAACCAACACAUAUCAUGACACGACGGAAAAAUGGCGUCUUGCCCGUCCUUGUCGAAAAAGGCAUCAUGAGUGAUUGCUUUUGCUUAUUACUCGCUAGCUCCUGCACUGGGGUUCCCUGAUUCGACCGUGCCCGCCUGUCGCGCGUUUCGGCUUUUCGCACCCCCUCUGACUAGAACAUUAGCACAGUGCCUGUCAAGGCUUCCCGGG